AUGUCGGACGACGAGGAUUUUAUGCAGGAGUCGGACGACGAGCAGUACGACUUUGAGUACGAGGAGGAUGACGACGCCGACAAUGGAGACAUUGACAUUGAAAAUAAAUACUACAACGCCAAGCAGCUGAAGCUGACGGAUCCGAAUGACGCCAUUCUCGAGUUCCUCGGCAUCCCGCCCCUCGAAGGGGAAAGGGGCGAAUGGGGCUUCAAAGGGCUCAAGCAAGCCAUCAAGCUCGAGUUCAAGCAAGGUCGAUACGACGAGGCGGCUGAGCACUAUGCCGAGCUCCUCACGUACGUCAAGUCGGCUGUGACGCGCAACUACUCGGAACAGUCGAUCAACAACAUGCUCGACUUCAUCGAGAAAGGCGCGGGCAACGCCGAGGCGGUCCAGAGCAUCGAAAGGUUCUACUCGCUCACGCUCGAGAGCUUCCAGAGCAGCAACAACGAGCGGCUGUGGCUCAAGACCAACCUAAAGCUCGCCAAGCUUCUGCUCGACCGGAAGGAGUACCUGGCCGUCUCCAAGAAGCUGCGGGACCUGCACCACGCCUGCCACCGCGCCGACGGCUCCGACGACCCGAGCAAGGGCACCUACCUGCUCGAAAUCUACGCACUCGAGAUCCAGAUGCUCGCCGAGACUAAGAGCAACAAGCAGCUCAAGGCGCUCUACCAGCGCGCGCUCAAGGUCAAGUCGGCGGUGCCGCACCCCCGCAUCAUGGGCAUCAUCCGUGAGUGCGGCGGCAAGAUGCACAUGAGCGAGGAGAACUGGAAUGAGGCCCAGAGCGACUUCUUCGAGUCCUUUCGCAACUACGACGAGGCCGGCUCGCUCCAGCGGAUCCAGGUGCUCAAGUAUCUGCUUCUCACGACGAUGCUCAUGAAGUCGGACAUCAACCCCUUCGACUCGCAGGAGACGAAGCCGUACCGGACGGACCCGCGCAUCCUGGCCAUGACGGAGCUCGUCGACGCCUACCAGCGCGACGACGUGCACGCGUACGAAAGGGUGCUGCAAGGGAACCAGGACAUCCUGGCCGACCCGUUCAUCGCCGAGAACAUCGACGAGGUGACGCGCAACAUGCGGACCAAGGGCGUGCUGAAGCUCAUCGCGCCUUAUAGUCGCAUGAAGCUGUGCUGGAUCGCCAAGCAGCUCAAGAUAUCGGAGCCCGAGGCGCAGGACAUUGUCGCCUUCCUCAUCGUCGACGGCAAAAUUGACGGUUCCAUCGACCAGAAGCAGGGGGUUCUCGAGAUGGCAGGCGACGCCGACACGGAGCGCAUCGCCGCCCUCAGCAGCCUGACGCGGUCUAUAGCGGACCUCUACGCCGUCGUUUUCCGGGACGGCGACGGCUUCCGCAACGUCGACCACGCCGUCGACGACAACCCGCUGGAGACGCUGCAGGCGAUAUCGAUGAGGAAGGCGACGCGAAUGCGCGAGGCUGAGCAGCGGGCGAGGAAGUCCAAGGCCAUCCCCGCGUGGGCGUAG